AUGGCAACUUAUCAACCAUACAACGAAUAUUCAUCAGUAACAGGCGGUGGUUUUGAGAACUCUGAGUCCCGCCCUGGUAGUGGGGAAUCUGAAACAAACACUAGAGUCAACACAUUAACACCCGUGACUAUUAAACAAAUUUUAGAGUCUAAACAAGAUAUUCAAGACGGCCCCUUCGUUUCCCAUAACCAAGAACUUCAUCACGUUUGCUUUGUUGGCGUGGUGAGAAACAUCACAGACCAUACUGCAAAUAUUUUUUUGACCAUUGAGGAUGGGACUGGUCAAAUAGAGGUGAGGAAGUGGAGCGAAGAUACCAACGAUUUGGCUGCAGGUAACGAUGACUCUUCCAGUAAAGGUUACGGUUCUCAAGUUGCUCAACAGUUUGAAAUUGGUGGUUAUGUUAAAGUUUUCGGUGCAUUGAAGGAAUUUGGGGGGAAGAAAAACAUACAGUAUGCCGUGAUUAAGCCUAUAGAUUCAUUUAACGAAAUAUUGACGCACCAUCUAGAAGUCAUUAAAUGCCACUCUAUCGCUGGUGGUAUGAUGAAACAGCCUUCGGAGAAUGCUUCCAAUAACGAUGGCCAGUCAUUAUUUGUCAAGGAAGAUAAUGACACGUCUUCAGGCGCUAGUCCGUUGCAAAGAAUUCUAGAGUUUUGCAAGAAGCAAUGUUAUGGUAAGGACGCGAAUUCAUUCGCCGUCCCAAUUCCAUUGAUUUCGCAGUCUCUGAAUUUAGAUGAAACUACUGUCAGAAAUUGUUGCACGACUUUGACCGAUCAAGGUUUCAUCUAUCCGACUUUUGAUGACAACAACUUCUUUGCCUUAUGA